CGCCGCACCUCCGAGAUCAUUUUAUUAAGAUACAACACGGUCACAGUGGACGUGGUGCUCGGGAUGGGGAGCUUGGUUCUGGGGCUCGUUGCCACGGCCACAGGCGUGUCCACCGGCCCUGAGCCCCCGGGUCCCUUCCUCACCAGCCACGGUGCCUUCUGCUCGUCUCCAGCUGCACUGACGUUUCCGUUUGGGGAACUCGCAGGUCCUGAGUUCAGCAGGGCCCCCCCGGGGACCCCCAUGAUGCCGGGUCACCCGCUUCCCCCGCCGUGACUGGGAUUUGCGGCCUUUCCGAGCGCGGCGGCAGCGAGCGAGCUCCCUGUUGGUGGCGCUGACCGUCCCGCUGGCCUCGGCGUGGCCCCGCCCUGGGCCCCCUCCGCCCACUGACCCUCUGCAUGGCUGACAGCAGGCCCAAGCCCGCCAAGCCCGCCGACAAGACGCCCCCCACGUCUCCGGGGGACCCUGCGAAGGACAAGGCGGCCAAGAGGCCGUCGCUGGAGUCGGAGGGCGCCGGCGAGGGGGCGGCUGCCGCGGGCCCGGAGCUCAGCGCCCUGGAGGCGGCCUUCCGGAGGUUUGCGGUGCACGGCGACGCCAGGGCCACGGGGAAGGAGAUGCACGGCAAGAACUGGUCCAAGCUGUGCAGGGACUGCCAGGUGAUCGACGGGAGGAACGUGACCGUCACCGACGUGGACAUCGUCUUCAGCAAGAUCAAGGGCAAGUCCUGCAGGACCAUCACGUUCGAGCAGUUCAAGGAGGCGCUGGAGGAGCUGGCCAAGAAGAGAUUCAAGGACAAGAGCGGCGAGGAGGCCGUCCGAGAGGUGCGCGGGCUCAUCGAGGGCAAGGCCCCCAUCAUCUCCGGGGUGACGAAAGCCAUCUCCUCGCCCACCGUGUCGCGGCUCACGGACACCACCAAGUUCACGGGCUCCCACAAGGAGCGCUUCGACCCGUCGGGCAGGGGCAAGGGCAGGGCGGGUCGUGUGGACCUGGUGGACGCGUCGGGCUACGUGCCGGGUUACAAGCACGCGGGCACCUACGACCAGAAGGUGCAGGGGGGCAAGUAGCCGGCGGGGCCCCGCGGCCGCACUCGUCGUUACAUUCCUGUGCUGGCGGGCAGAACUCGGACCUGGGGCCGGGUGGCCGGGGGGGGGGCGCCGGGCCUCCCUCCCGCCCGGCCCCGCGCUCCCCUCCACCCUCGCUUCGGCCCCUGAACGCACCUUUCCUGACACACCUGCCACGUCCCUGCCGGAAAGUGGACAGGGGGCCCCUCCCAAGGUGUCUCCCGGGGCCAGACCACACCGGCCGCUGGUUUGCGCAAAGGGGGUGUUUUAAGGGAGCUGGUGGGACAGACCCUGUCGGGACUGUGCUGACCCGUGGGCACCAAGGCACCAACCGGCAGCACCGAUAACGCAGAGGCAGCCCCAGACAGGGCGCCGCGGUGCCCGGAGAGCACUGGGCAGGCGUGGGAGGCAGGGCGCACGGCGCACGCGCGCACACCCACACACACACGGCACACACACGCGCACGCGCUCAGGCACACACACCCGCGGGCCAGGUCUGUGCUGAGGGCGGGCGCCGAGCUGAGGGCAGCUGUGCGAACAAAGAGGCCGCCUCCGUCGACCAAAGUGACUUGAAGUGUGAAGUUACGAGAUUUAAACAUGGAAACUGAGGGCAAUCCAUUUCGCUUUUCCGAGAAGAACUAAGGAACCGGGAUGUGUCUAUUCUCAGAAUGGCUCAGGGAAGACUGAGAAUAUCCUGUCUCUGUGACUCUCUCCCCGGGGCCCUGGGCUCAAGGCUGCGGUGGCCUGACGGCUCUCUCCUUGCUCUUCCAGCCGCCGCGGCUCCUCUGGCCUCUCUGGAGCCUCCGUGAGCGGCCUUCCCCGUCCCCCCGGCCCAGGAGUGCAGGACGCGCAGGGUGAGACCAGGCCGGGGCGGGCCCGAGGCUGGCAGCCUCUGUGGUUUCCCCGAUUGGCCAGAGGCGGGGCCUCCUGUCAGUGGCCCCUUGGCAACUUGUCCCUUUGCAUGAACAGGGCCACAGCCUGGCACGUAACCCGCUGGGCCCUGUGGUCCUGGGAGAAGCCCACGAGCCCCCAGGGAAUGCUUCCCGGCAGCCCGACUGCCUUGCCUCUGUGUGUCCUGUGUCCUGGGCGGCGGGUGCUUUAGGGGCCCCUCCCUGGACACUCGGCCUCGCCCACGGCACAGGUGGCCGGAGAAGGGCCAGCACUGCGGUGCAGGCACGUGGUCACGGCUGGACCUGGGAGGCCCCGCCCACCCACACGGAGGGGCUCAGGCCGGCACUCCCAGCUGACACGGCCCCGCACACGGCCUCUGCGGGCCGCUUCGUCCUGAGGCCCUGGCACCUCGCCGCACGAGCCCCCGGCAGGUGGUGGCGCACGGGUGUCCGGAGUCGCUUUGAGGAUGUGAAUCACUGCUGUCUAGAGAGUCUCUAACUUGGGGGUGGGGAGCUGCCCAGCCAGGCCCCCAUCCCACAGCCAGGAAACAGAGGCCCGAGGGCUGGGGGAAAGGCAGGCGGGACGCUGACCCCCGCCCUGGGCUCCUCUCCUCCCCCAGAGGCAAGAGUCACCUGCGGAGGUGAGUGGGCAGUGUUUCUGGACACUCAGCGGCUCACAGGCAGGAAAGCCCUGUUCCAGGGCCGGCCAAGUCCCCCCUGGGGUCUCAGAACAGGGCUCCUCCCUAGGCCUGUCCUCCACCCAGAUGCCCUGGGUCUCUGCCUGCCCAAUAGCCCGGCCCCACCGCCACAGCCGUCCUGCCGCAGGACCCUGGAGUCCCGCCCUCCCAGCCAUCCCGGCGCCGGCCUGGGGGCAGACACCACCCGCACCCGCCGCAUGAAGCCACCUUCCCGGGGGAUACAGCAGCUCCUCCUCCUGGGGUUGAGAAAGGUCCAGUGCGCACAGCUGCCCCCGGGGCCGUCCCCACCGCAGCCCCGAGCGCGCAGGCUCCCUGAGGCCAGGGCGUCUGUGUGGGUCUCGGGGGUCCCUGGCCCGCCUGAGGCUUCCUUCCCAGAGUGUAGCUCUGGGAACACACCUUCCCACUCGGGGCGGGAGGAAGCGGUGGUCCCCUCCCUGUCGGCUCCGUCACGGCCUCUGUGUGUAGCCCCAAACACAGCACGUUGCUUGGGCUCCAAUCUCUGCAGACACGUGCCUCCCUCAGGCUGUGGACACACAGGCAGGUGUGCGUCUUCGCUGCAUGUUCUACGCAACACCCGCUGGCUUCUACUAACCGCGGUAACUAGAAGUUACAUGUCUAUCUGUGAACGAAGGAAACUGCACAGCAAGCCCGCCAGGAAGCAGGGCCCGUGGUCAGGGCGCAGCGUGCUGGCUGACGGCGCCGAGCAGCGGGACAGCAGAGUGCGUCUGAGGGCGCCGGUCGCGCCCCAGGACUUACUUAUUUCUACUUAACGCUCUAGGAUAAGCAACUAGGCAGUGGUCAGUUCACCAAAAUUGAAGUUCAAAUUACGUGAGUUUAAAACGUUAUAGGAAGAGGUCUAUAUUUGUACUGGAGUAUUUUUACACCUUGAAUAUCCUCAGUCUUAAGGUUUGGGGCAGAUGCAAACUAGUCAGGAAGAGGCAGGCAGGGGGCUCCGGCGGCAUCGCCUCCUGUCGAAGCUGCCCCCGUCCACGCCCCAGUGGCCGAGCGCGCAGGGCGGGCACCGAGUGGACAGAGGCUCGCACGCCGGCAGCCCAGGCCUGCCAGCCAGCGGCUGUCGUGCGUCCAGCUUUACCGGCGCGCAGCCCUGCCGUGCACAGCCGUCAUCUGCGGCUGCUGCUUUUGCGGAGAAGGUAAGUCACAGACGCCAUGGCCCACGAAACCUGCAACCGUCGUCGCCUGGCCCUUUAGGGGAGGCCGCGUGUGCUGCACCCCGCCCCCCCAGGACCCAGCGGGCUCCCUCCUCUGGCGCUGUUCCCACACAAGCCGGCACCCCCCGUCCCGCAGUGCGCACAGGUGGGGACACUUGUCACCUGUUCCAUACACGCAGGUUGACAACUCAGCUGUACUGUGAAGUCACCACGAGGCUAGAAUGUCCUUAGAAGUCCGACCCUGAGUAGCUUCCCUUCACUGACUGACUACUGAACGCUCUGUGAGAUCCCGUGGCUCAGGGGUGUGGCCUCCGUCUGUGGGCGUGUGGAGAGUGUGGCCGGCGGUGGCCCCGGGCAGUCCCGGGAGGUGGGCGCCCUGCGCUUUGAGAUGCUUUGGUUAACUCUCUCUCUUCCCCAAACCAAGCCAAACAACAAAGGAAACGCACAUAACUCAGACUUGAAAGGGAUCAUAUGCUACUAGUUUGUACUAAGUUUUUUUCAGGAAAGGGAAAUAAAUGUAUAUAUAGAUGCGAUCUAUUUUUGCACUGUUUUCUUACUGUUCGGGAGUGAUGAGGGCAUCACUUUGCAGUGUGAUGGGACAAGCAGUGUGGACGUCACGGGUGCUCCGACUCAGAACCACACUCACCAGGAACCCUGGGGGCGUCUGUGGGGCCGAGGCGAGGUGUCACCUGUCGGAGUCGCUGUCCAAGGCCUGGCUCGCAAACCUGUGGUGGAACAGCUCCUGUCUGUCUGCAUACCUCCUCGUGUGUUCCCUGUGGUUAACACUGUGUCAGAUUGGUAAAGUGACAAAUAAAGGUGU